AGUACAGGCAGCAAUGAGACGCGUCCACACAGACCGCGCAGCGGGUUCAAUUGGCCUCGUGCGUGCCACCUGCACGUGUAAGCUACACUGCAACUGACAGCGUCAGACAAGGGAUCCACUUUUCUCCAAGGCAGGGCCGAAGGUGGUAGAUUUGUUUUUGUUUUUUCUCAACGACCGGCAUGGCGUCCCGUUUCCCCUGGGUACAGUUGUUAUGGCAACUAUAAACAUCAAGUGGGAGCAUGCAUGGGUGUUGUUACGCAGGGCCGAGGGAGUCUACGGACAGAGUGGUCGGCUCCUUGGGAAAGGGACAACGUUAGGGAAGUGAGUACAUUACACUGAUCAUCUGAGAGGAGAACUUGAAAAAAGUAAAAUGCAGCAAAUGCCAGUCUUACAAUCCACAGCGGCUCCGCUCGAGGGGAGGUUACGCAGCAGGGUGCCCAGCCUGCCGGUGAUCAAGCCAGGCAGGGUGAAAACAGCUAGAGCCUUGGUGGAGAAAGCAGUCAAGUUGAGGAAAGUGUUUUCAGUGCAAGGGCCCUAUCCUGUGAUCCGCGCUGCCUUACGGGCCAGAGGGUGGGUGGAACGUCGUUUGCCCCAUCCGGUCCAGAGAGCACCUCAUUGCCAUGGCGAUGAGGAGGAGGAUGGUGAUGAUGGUGAUGUCGGUGCUGAUGCUACUGAGAGAGUGGAUGAAGGUGAGAAAGAUGAGAACCUUGAUGACAUGUAUGACCUCAUGUCUCGCCUGGUUCGAAAGGAAACAGCAUAUUUCUACUGGACGACGCGACGGGAUUACAUUGACUGUCGCUCCUUACGGAAUGACCAGAUGACCAAUCACUAUGCAAAUGCUGGAACUUUUACCACCAAGGUAGGGCUCUGUGUGAACCUGCGUAACCUUAAGUGGUUUGAUACAGCAGAUCCUGAUACAUUCUUCCCAAGAUGCUACAGAAUUGGGGCAGCGGAUGAAAAGCAUGCAUUUAUAGAGGACUUCAGGAGGACAGCUUGCACCAGUCUGCUGCAGCAUGUGGUUAAGACAAGUAGAUGGAGGAGAGAGGGAGCAGAGGUCGGGGAACAAAAAUCCAAAACCAGCGUCUCUGGAAAGUUGGAUAAUGUGGAGCAUCGAUUUGUUGGUCCAGAAAUGAUUGACAUAGCUUUAGCAGCGUGUCAAGAGUUUCUCAGUGUUUUAGAGCAUGGUGACAUUGACUUAACUGUGGAGACACCCCCUGCAGUGCAGGAAGAGCAGUGGGCAGAGUUUCUGAGAGACUACUACAUGGUUGUGCAUGAAGGUGCAUUGAUCAGGGACAGCACUGUGUUUGUGGAGCGCUGCCAAGUGCUGUUAACCAGACUGCAGGAGGCUUGCCCUCAGCUGGGUACGGAUGGACUACAUAACAUCUGGAUCAUCAAACCAGGUGCCAAGUCAAGAGGACGAGGCAUUAUGUGUAUGAACCGCCUGGAUGACAUUUUGGCACUCGUGGACUCAGACAGAGCCAUGACUAAGGAGAGUAAGUGGGUGGUUCAGAAAUACCUGGAACGUCCUCUGCUGGUCCAUGGCACCAAGUUUGACAUCCGUCAGUGGUUCCUCGUCACCGACUGGAAUCCUCUGACUGUGUGGUUCUACAAAGAGUGCUACCUACGGUUCUCCACUCAGCCCUACUCAACAAAAACUCUGGACAGCUCAGUCCACCUGUGCAACAACUCCAUCCAGAAGCACUUUCAGCCAUCUUGCGACCGCCAUCCAGGCGUGCCUCGGGACAACAUGUGGUCCUGCUCCCAGUUGAGGGCUUUUCUGCAGCAGCAGGGCUGUGGGGCAGAGUGGGAGUCGGUGGUGGUCCCAGGCAUGCAGCAAGCGGUGGUCCGUGCCCUGCAGACAGCCCAGGAUCUGGUCGAGCCCCGCAAGGCAAGCUUUGAGCUCUAUGGAGCAGACUUUAUGUUGGGCAGAGAUCUGAGGCCUUGGCUGCUAGAGAUCAACGCCAGUCCGACUAUGGCCUGUUCCACUGCUGUGACUGCCCGCCUCUGCCCUGCCGUGCAGCUAGACACACUGAGGGUUGUGCUGGACUGGCGGACUGAUUCUAGUGCUUACACGGGAGGCUUCCAAUUAAUCUACAAACAGGCUGCAGUUGAAGUUCCUCAGUACGUUGGUGUGAACAUGCUGGUGGAAGGAGCCCCCGUAAGGCGAUCCAUGCCUCUUCUUCAUAGGCAAACUGUUAUUUGUAAUGCACCUCUCACUGUCCAGUUCCCCUCAGACCAUGCAUCUUCAGAGGAGGUGGACACAACACAUAAACCAUCAGGUCAGAAGCCCCAUGCAGUUGCUGAUUUUGGCCAUUCAGGCAAAGAGAACCGAGCAUUUGGAGAGAAAAAGAGGCAGCUGACAUCAACAUCUCCAAAGAGGGCGUGUAAAGGGAGAACAGACAUUCAGCAUACCCAGAACACCUCCUGUGUGCGUAGGUCCUGCCGCAGUCUGGCGUCUGAACAGCCUUUGGUGGUACACAGCGAACCUCAGAGGAAAGCACGACGUUUAGGUUUGAGUCUUGGUGCCAAUGGGGAAACCGUAGUCUCAAGGAGUCUUUCUUUUUCCCUCGGCCCCCCUCACAGCAUGCCACAUUGUAAAACUCACCCCAACCCAGGCUAUGGUUCACAAAUCCCCAGAUCCUUCCUUCCCCAGAAAGCUUUUGAGCCCCAGCAUAGGACUUUUACCCACGUCUUUCCUUCACUCAAGGGCCCCCUCACUAACCUGGAGAUCUUUAGCUUGCGACCAAACAUUGUGGCUGGAACCGUUGCCUGUCGUAAUCCAAAUUUGUCCUCUCAUCCCAGCCAACACAGGCAUCAUUUAUUCCUCCGUUCUCAUAGACAAAGCGUCGCCAAAUAUAAAGGAGACAGCACAGGGGGACAUAAACACUAGUGAUGUUGAGUGUUAAGAUGAUGGAAAGCAAACAGUAGGAAGUGUUGAAGAGGUUCGUCAGCGACAACAAUGUUAAUUUAUAUUUUAAUGGACUGGAGCCUAAUAAACAACAUAUUACUUUCUCACCUGAGGGGUUAAACAUUAAAGCUCUAAAAUAAUGAUUACACCAUUAUUCUGAUUGGUUGAGAUUUGUUUGUAGAAACUUAGGAUAAUCAUGGAGGAUUGCCAAGUACGACAUCUUCAGAUCUCACACAUAUGGGCUUUAAAUAUGCAACAUCAAGGUAAAUAUUAGUAAAUUGUUACACAUACCAUAUAUCUUAGUGGUUAAUUUUAAACAAUGUCUUAUUUUGGAGGAUUGGUGGUUGAAAUCUAAAUUAUGUGGAUAUUUCUUAUGAUUAUGUUAUGAAUAUACAGUCAGUGUUGUGUUGAAGUUCAUUGGUAUUAAAACAGACAAAAACACUUCAAUCAAAAAGGUCUCCAGUGUGACAGACACUCAAAGGUGACGGGGCAGAAAAUCAUAUUGGGAAAUAUUCACUGGUUCCAUCUUUUGAGGGACAAAUAAUUUGCUCUAGAUUGAUGUUGCUGACAGGAUGUAGGUAUUGUAAACCCCCAGCAGGUGGCAUUAAAGGUUCAAUGAUGUAAUGGUAUGUUUAUGUCAAAGCCUUGCCGGGAGAAGGAAUAAAAGGGCAGGGUAAAAAUGGCAGCCUUUAUCCAGAAGUUGGUACAUCUUGUGCAACACCUGUUUAAUUAGACAU